AUGUUCCCCAAGUCCCUGGCAGCCGGACUACGGGGUUCCUCGCUCGGCCUGCUCGCAGUGCUGGGCGCAUCCCUCGUCCUCAACUUGGGCGCUCUCGUCUUCUCCCUCAACAUAUUGAGGCGAGGAACGCGGCAAUACACAUACCUCGCUGGCGACCGACCUCGGGAGCUUCCCAUCAAGGUCCGCACCAUCCAGGCAGCCUUCCGCGACGACCCCUCCCACUAUGGGAUGGAAGGCAUCACGGCCACGGCUGAAUGGAAUGCAAUUCGCCCACCCGGAAAGGGUUUCGCUUUUCUCGGGGAAGAGCGCUUGGCAUUUGACGUGUCAAUGUGGCACCAGUUGCACUGCCUUAACCAUAUACGCGCGGUACUCGUCAACGGGGACGAUGGGUCGGACCAUACCGGGCACUGCUUUCAUUAUCUACGGCAAGGCAUUCUCUGUGCCGCCGACACAACGCUGGAGUCGGGCGGUACAAGCAUGACAUUGGCAAAUGGGGACAAAGUUGCUCCCGGCGUAGGAACUGUGCAUACCUGCCGGGACUGGAGGCAGGUCUAUGAUUGGAUGGAGAGUCAACAUAAGGAAUGGACGCCUGAAAUGUACGAGAGAUAUAAGGAAAGCAGCAAAUGA